AUGGACGAACCUCGUAAACCUUUCCAAAAAGUAUCACAACAUGGAUUAUCAUUCAAUCAAAAUCUUGAAAAAGACAUUAAUAUAUUGUUACUUGGUGAAACAGGUGUUGGUAAAUCAACUUUUAUCAAUGCAUUUGCUAAUCAUCUUUCCUAUAAUACGCUCGAUGCAGCACUUCAAGGUAAAAUGCAAAUACUCGUACCUUCUUCUUUCUCAGUGUCUGAUAGUGAAACAUAUUCAUCAACAACAAUAACCGUAGGAUCUCCCGAUGAUAAUGAACUUUGUGAGGAUAAUGGUAAAUCACAAACUCAAGGUUGUAAAAGUUAUGUAUUUUCUAUUGGUAACCGUUACCUACGUUUGAUUGAUACACCCGGUAUUGGUGAUUGUCGUGGUGUAGAACAAGAUAAUAAGAAUUUUGAUCAUAUUCUGGCUUUUGUAAGCCGUUAUAAAUAUUUAAAUGCUAUUUGUAUUAUGCUUAAACCAAAUGAACAUCGAUUAAAUAUUUUUUUUAAAUAUGGUAUUAAAGAAUUGUUGAGACGUUUACAUAUAAAUGCUAAAGAUAAUGUGAUGUUUAUUUUCACCAAUGCUCGAACAAAUUUUUAUUUGCCAGGUGGAACAUCUAGACAAUUAAGGCUUUUACUUAAUGAUCUAGAAGCAAAUUCACACAUACAAGUUCCAUUUACUAAAGAAAAUACGUUUUUAUAUGACAAUGAAUCGUUUCGUUUUUUGGCAGUUAAUAAAGCUGGACAUGAUUUUUUUGCAGAUCAUAGACCAAGUAUUAUCGACAGUUGGAAUAGAUCAAUGAUGGAAUUAAGACGUAUGCUUGCUCGUAUUGUUAAAUGUAGUUUACAUCCUGUACGUGAAAUGCAAUCAUUAAAUGAAGCUCACCAACUUAUAUGUAAAUUAACUCGUCCUAUUGGUGAAAUAGCUACACUCCUACAAGAAAAUAUUCAAUUAGCUGAACAACAUAAAAGCAACAUAUUAACGAAUGCAAAUGAUAUAACACCUAAUCGAAUACCUCAAAAAACUGCAGAAGUUGUUUCACUUGAAUAUCCACGUACGAUCUGUACAAGCCAAAAAUGUUCGCAAGUGAUUAAAGUCAAUGAUGAAAUGAAAGUUGAUUAUACUGUUCAAUGUCAUAGACAUUGUUAUUUACAAGGAGUCGAACAAGAAGUUAUUAAAAAUCCAAUAUUGAAACGUUGCCGUGCAAUGGAUAAAAUAACAGGUAUUUGCAAACGAUGCCACUGUCAAUGGGAUACUCAUAUGCAUGUAACUUAUGAAUUCAAAAAACAGUUGACUUAUUUAGAAGUAGAUGAUAAACAAUCGUCUAUUUCAUCGAAAAGAAUACUUGAACGUAUUGAUGAACGAAUAUCUCACUUGCAACAAGAAGAAGAAAUAAUUCGUCAUAUCUGUGCUAAACUUACAUUAUUUCUACGAGUAAAUUCAAUCAAUCCAACCAAUGAAGACAUUAUUGAAUAUAUAAAUCAUUUUAUUCAAGAAGAAAAAGAAAAACAAAAUGCAGGAGAUAAUAACGAACAAAUUAUUAUUGGUCUACAAAAUUUGAUUAAAGACUAUCAAGACGAAAUUAAUUUAUUAAAAUUUAAUCUGGAUAACCAAGCAAAUACAAAUGAUGCUCCUACUAUUGAAGAAAUAUUCUUUUUUAAAUGCCAACUUUUUGAAUUACCUAUUACCGGAAAGUAUAUAAAAGCACAAGUUGAAAGUUUAAAUUUAAAUCAAAUGAAUAUGAUCGAACAACGAGAACAAUUUGUUGAUUUACCAUUAGAUGCAAAAUUUUCAGAAACUAUGAAAGCAUUAGAAGAAGUGUUGGCUUAA